CUUUCUUGUUUGCUAAGAUUUGUUACUGCCAGAGCGACCGUAGCUACCGCUGUCAACAUUAUUGCAGUAAACAUACGAUUUCGGAUAUAAAUACGGAGACAUGGGGAAAAAGCACAAGAAACAUAAACCGGAGUGGAGAACAGUUGACGACUAUGAGGACAAGGCUCUUGAGAAGCCCCUAAAGCUUGUACUCAAAGUCGGAGGAAGUGAAGUGACAGAGCUCUCCGGUUCGGGCCAUGACUCCAGCUACUAUGAUGACAGAUCAGACCACGAGCGAGAACGCCACAAAGAGAAGAAGAAGAAGAAGAAGAAAAAGUCAGAAAAGGAUAAAGACAAGUACGUGGAUGAUGAGGAGAGACGACGACGAAAGGAGGAAAAGAGGAAGAAGAGAGAGCGAGAGCAGAAUGAAUCAGAGGCAGCUGCAGCUGCGACUUCUGGCAGUGCAGGUGUGCCAGUUGAACCUUUCACAUUGUCAAAAAGUAUAAAUAUCGGAUUAGAGCCUGAAGAGAAGAAAAAAAAGAAAGAGAGGUUUGAAAUAGAGUCUGAAGUGGAGGAGUUUCACCCCAGUGUGAAGGUGGAAGUAGAGCAGCAAGGAGACAGACCGGUCAGAGCAUGCAGGACGCAACAAGAGAAUGAGUCUACUCCUCGUCAGCAAUUGCUGGAGCACUUCUUACGUCAGCUGCAGAGGAAAGAUCCCCAUGGAUUCUUCUCAUUUCCAGUAACAGAUGCGAUUGCUCCUGGUUACUCAGUGAUCAUCAAACAUCCUAUGGACUUCAGCACUAUGAAAGACAAGAUUAGAAACAAUGAGUACAACACAGUAACGGAAUUCAAGGCGGACUUUAAACUGAUGUGUGAUAAUGCAAUGGUGUACAACCGACCAGAAACUGUCUACUAUAAGGCUGCCAAGAAACUGCUCCAUACAGGAUUCAAGAUGAUGAGCAAGGAACGUCUUUUGGCUCUGAAGCGCAGCAUGUCUUUCAUGCAAGACAUGGAUUUCACCCAGCAGGCAGCCAUUUUGGGAGAUGAAGACCUUGUGGCUGAUGUAACUCCUCCAGAGAUAAUCCCCAUCCCAGUGGAAUCAGCAAAGAAGUCCAGAAAACAACCAGUCAAAGACAUGAAGGAAGUCAUCAGCUACCUGUAUGAACCAGAGGGAAAUGCUUGCAGCUUGACUGACAGUACAGCAGAGGAACAUGUUCUGGCCCUGGUCGAACACUCUGCAGAUGAAGCUCGGGAUCGCAUCAGCCGAUACAUGCCAAACUCCAAGAUGGGCUACUUGCGUAAAGAGUCAGAUGGUUCCCUUGUAUAUAAUGUUGUAAAUCAGGCUGAUCCUGAUGCUGAAGAAGAGGAGACACAUAAGGUGGACCUGAGUUCUCUCUCAAAUAAGCUUCUGCCUGGAUUAACAACCUUGGGUUUCAAAGACGACAGGAGACACAAAGUGACCUUCCUGAGCAGUGCCUACAACACCCAGAGCCUUCAGAAGAACACCGUCUUUCCAGACCUGCUGCCUGAUGAGGUGGACAUGCUUUAUUCAGCCUAUGGGGAAGACACAGGGGUACAGUGUGCUUUGAGUAUACAGGAUUUUGUCAAGGGCUGUGGAAGUGUCACCAAGCACUGGGUUGAUGGUCUUCUGGACAAGAUGACCGCAGGCGAUCACACGAAAGCUGUCAAUCAGAUCCGACAGAAAAGAAACAUGAUGCUCAAACCUGAUGAAACCAAAUCCAACAUUUGUGACAUACAGAUGGCAGAUAGCACUGGUUUGGGGGAGAGUGGCUCAGUCCUGGACUUUAUGUCAAUGAAGAACUAUCCUGAUAUGUCUCUGGAUAUUUCCAUGCUUAACUCUUUAGGUAAAACUGUGAAAAAAGAGCCUGGCAAUGAGGAGGGCCAGCAGCAUUUUGACGAUGCAGAUAAACUCCUGCAGGAGUUCCAGGAGGCUCAGGUUGACAGAGUUGGCUCCAGACCCUCGUCCAACUUGUCCUCCCUGUCUAAUGCCUCCGAAAGGGACCAACAUCACCUAGGGAGCCCAUCGCACCUGGGUGUUGGGGACCAGUCGGAAAUGGUUCACGAUCCCUACGAGUUCCUGCAAUCUCCGGAGCCAGAGAACACAGCCAGCAGCUGACCACACACACUGCCGUUUUGUUACCCUGGUGUUAACAGCACCGAGUUCCCUGUUGGACUAAACACUGUGGAGACAGCAGGAGUCUCUGACCUGUUUAAAAGACUGCAUAUGAUUGUACAGACUGUUUGUAGUGUAAUUGUAUGGUUUUGUACGAGUGCAACACAAAUAAAUACUUGCACCUG